GUUGUUGCGCCGCGGCUGCUCUACUCGAUAGCGUCUGAUAAUCUCUUACCGCCCCUCCGUUCCAUCGCCGUACUGAGCGGAAAAUCUCAGGUUGCUCUCAUAGUAACCAUGAUCCCAGCCUGCCUGGCCCUGGGCAUCCUGGGUUCCUCUCUGGAUAGCAUCGCUCCGCUGUUAACUAUGUGCUUUUUACUCUGCUACGCUUGCAUCAACCUCAGCUGUCUUGUACAG